AUGGCUGAAAAUGUGAUUAUUGACGGAGAAGACUCUUUUCUCAUCCCUGAUGUUUCAGACAUUGCUCUGAGACUAAAACUUUUUCCAUUUUCACUAAGGGAUCGAGCAAGAGCAUGGUACAAUUCUUUGCAACCAGACUCUGUGACUACAUGGAAUGAAAUGGCAGAAAAGUUUUUGAAAAAGUAUUUUCCACCCAUGAGGAAUGCCAAAUCCAGAAAUGAAAUCUGUACUUUUAGACAACUGGAUGAUGAAGCAGUUCCUGAUGCAUGGAAAAGGUAUAAAGAGCUGUUGAGAAAAUGCCCUCACCAUGGCAUUCCGUACUGUAUACAGCUAGAGACAUUUUACACCGGUUUAAAUAUCGUUGCUAGACAAAUGCUCGAUGCUACUGCAGGCGGAACUUUCACAACUUGUACCUAUAAUGAAGGUUUUGACAUACUUGAAAAGAUUUAUAAUAAUAACGGACAAUGGUCUGACCCACGUGCAAUGCCACUAAAGAAAACAGCUGGAAUAAAUGAGGUAGAUGUUGUCUCGGUAUUAACAGCUCAGAUCACUAAGCUAAUUUCAAAUUUAACAUCUAGCCCGCAUGUUCAGUCUGUGCAAUGCGUGUACUGUGGUGAAGGUCACUCUUUUGAGCAUUGUCCUGGAAAUCCUGAGCAUGUAAAUUAUGUCAACAAGACUGGACCAUUUUCACAUACUUAUAAUCCGGGAUGGAGAAAUCAUCCUAAUUUUUCUUGGCAUAGUUCAGCUCUUAACCCACCAAUGCAAAAGCCACAAGGACAGUCCAAUUUUCAACCGCAAGGACAGUCCAAUUUUCAACAACAAAGCCAAUCUAAUUUUCACUCACAAGUGCAUCAAGGCAAUCAUAAUAAUCAACAUGCUAAUUUUCAGAAUCAUCAGUCUUUUUUCCAAAGCAAGCCCAAACUGCAAGCUGAGUCAUCUACUUCUUUGGAAGCAAUGAUGAAGGGUUUUAUAACCCAAACUCAAGCUUCAAUUAAAAAUCUCGAAACUCAAAUAGGACAAAUGGCUUUGGAGAUUAGAAAAAGACCAGUAGGUUCUCUACCUAGUGAUACAAAGAUACCUCAAAGGAAGGGAAAGAGCAUGUUAAGGUUGUUACUUUAA